AUGGCUAUAGGCAGAUCAAAGAAAAAGUUAAUGACCAAAGACAUGGAACAACACCGCGAGUAUAUGAAAAAAUACAGGACGCAAUCGUGCGAUUUAAAUAAGCAGGAGAUACAGUAUAAAGAUUAUUAUGAACUUCUGGGUAUCUCACGUGAUGCUCCACAUACGGAAAUCCGUAGAGCUUAUCGUAAGCUGGCACUCAAGUGCCAUCCAGAUAGAAAACCGAGCUCCGAGGCGCUAAGACGGUGGGAGGGCGUACCAGCGGCCUACGCAGUCUUGUCGAACCCAAACGACCGCAGCGAGUACGACGCCACGCUGCCAACGCGUGAUGCUUUAGUUGAGUUUUAUCGUACCUAUAAUCCGGCCAAGCUGGACAAUGUCACCAUUCAGACCAUUAUUGAUGGCUGGUAUGGUCGUGAGGUGGAACUUUUUGAGAUGCUCAAUGCCAAGUACGAGGUGGCACCACAUCAAGGACCUAUUAAUAGUGCCCAGUGUGCUGCUGUGACCUCGGUCUCGCGUGAAAAGGCGCAUACGAUUGCGAGGGAUAGCCAGACGUACAAAGCGAAGGAUGCUGGGAAUGCUGAGAUAACGUGGACAGGUACCAUUGGAUCUGCUCUCUGCUGCAAAGGCGUGCUCUCGCGCUUGUUCAGCUCUAUGUACUACGAGGUGAAUACCACCAGCCCGGGCUUCUUGAGGUCCCAUGACGCUUCAGACACUCCGGGUCAGACGAUCUCGAUGAAUUUGGAGUCCCCUGCGACCCCAUCCCAGUUGUCAGCGCCUGUAAGCCCAGAAUUGGAACCGCCAUUUGACAAAGAAAAUUUGGCAUCAGCUCUCGGCGGAUUGCCACCAAGUGGCGAUGGGAACUGCCGCACAAGGACAGGAGAUAUUUUACCGCAGGAUUUACGAACAGAACAGUCAAAUGUAGCAGACAAAGUUCGCGGCUGA